AUGGGGAGAUUUUCGGUUUCUAGUUUGGUUGUAGCAAUUCUCUGUUUAGUGACAAGAGAAUUUGUUUGCAAAGGUGAAACUCAGUUGGUAAUUUGUCUAGAGUAUGAUCGAGAGGCUCUCAUCGAUCUCAAAAGGGGUCUCAAAGAUCCCGAGGACCGGCUUUCAUCGUGGAGUGGGAGCAAUUGCUGCCAAUGGCGAGGAAUCGCUUGUGAAAAUAGUACUGGAGCUGUUAUUGGAAUUGAUCUGCACAACCCAUAUCCAUUGAAUUUUGCUGAUUCCACUAGCAGGUACGGAUAUUGGAACUUAAGUGGAGAUAUUAGACCUUCUUUAUUAAAACUCAAGUCCUUGAGACAUUUAGAUUUGAGCUUCAACAAAUUUCAAAGCAUCCCAGUUCCAAAAUUCUUUGGAUCAUUGAAGAGUUUGCAGUAUCUGAACCUAUCCAAUGCUGGGUUUAGUGGUGCAAUUCCUUCAAAUUUGGGAAAUCUCUCUAACUUACAGUAUCUUGAUGUUUCUUCUGGAAGUUUAACCGCUGAUGAUCUUGAAUGGAUGGCUGGUCUUGGUUCCUUGAAGCAUCUUGAGAUGAACCAAGUUGACCUUUCAAUGAUAGGGUCAAACUGGCUUCAGAUAUUAAACAAGCUUCCCUUCUUAACUGAUCUGCAUCUAUCAGGAUGUGGUCUAUCUGGUUCCAUUUCAUCUCUUGACUAUGUAAACUUUACAUCACUUGCUGUUAUAGCCAUUGGUGGUAACAACUUUAACUCAAAGUUCCCUGUGUGGCUUGUGAACAUUAGUAGCCUUGUAUCCAUCGAUAUAAGCAGCAGCAGCUUAUAUGGAAGGGUUCCUCUUGGUCUCAGUCAGCUACCUAAUUUGAAGUACUUGGAUCUUUCCAUGAACAAUGAUCUUACAGCUAGUUGCUUUCAGCUGUUCAGAGGAAACUGGAAAAAAAUAGAGUUUCUCGAGUUGGGUUCAAAUAAAUUACAUGGGAAACUUCCUGCUUCCAUAGGAAACAUGACAUUCCUUACUCAUCUUGGUCUGUUCGAAAAUAAUGUUGAAGGAGGGAUUCCAGGCUCCAUUGGAAAACUUUGCAAUCUGAUGUAUUUAGAUAUCUCGGGAAAUAACUUGACAGGAAGUUUACCGGAGAUUUUGGAAGGAACUGAAAACUGUCCUUCUAAGAGACCUUUGCCUGGUCUGAUGUAUUUGAGAUUGAGCAAUAACAGGUUAGCCAGUAAAUUGCCAGAAUGGUUGGGUCAGCUUGAAAAUCUGUUGGAACUCAGUCUCAACUACAACUUACUUCAAGGUCCCAUCCCUGCUUCUUUGGGGACAUUGCAACAUCUAGAAAUGUUUGGACUUGGAGGGAAUGAACUAAGUGGAACUCUUCCAGAAAGUUUGGGGCAGCUCCAUGAACUGGAUACCUUUGAUGUGUCGUUUAAUCAUAUGGAAGGAGCUGUCUCGGAAGCCCAUUUUUCAAAACUCAGUAAGCUGAAGCUUUUGCACUUGGCCUCCAAUUCUUUUACUUUGAAUGUCAGUUCCAAUUGGGUUCCUCCUUUCCAGGUCCGGUAUCUUGAUAUGGGAUCAUGCCAUUUAGGUCCUACAUUUCCAGUUUGGUUAAAGUCUCAGAAGGAGGUCAUGUAUCUUGAUUUCUCAAAUGCUAGCAUUUCAGGUCCCCUACCAAACUGGUUUUGGGAUAUUUCUUCUAAUCUGUCACUGUUAAAUGUUUCUCUCAAUCAGUUGCAGGGCCAGCUACCAGAUCCAUUAGAUGUUGCCUCUUUUGCUGAUAUUGAUUUCAGCUUCAACCUCUUUGAAGGACCUAUUCCCAUUCCAACAGUUGAGAUCGAGUUACUAGAUCUAACCAACAAUUAUUUCUCGGGUCCUAUCCCCUUGAAAAUUGCUGAAUCCAUGCCAAACUUGAUCUUCCUUUCUCUUUCAGCUAACCAGCUAACUGGAGAAAUCCCAGCCUCUAUAGGAGAUAUGUUGUUUCUUCAAGUCAUUGAUCUUUCAAACAACAAUUUGGAAGGAAGCAUCCCUUCAACAAUAGGGAAUUGCUCUUACCUAAAGGUUCUAGACCUUGGAAACAACAACUUGACAGGUUUGAUUCCUGGAGCUUUGGGUCAGUUGGAACAGCUUCAAUCACUACACCUGAACAAUAACAGUCUUUCAGGAAUGAUCCCCCCGACCUUCCAAAAUUUAUCAAGUUUGGAAACUUUGGAUCUCGGAAACAACAGAUUAUCAGGAAACAUUCCACCAUGGUUUGGAGAUGGUUUUGUGGGACUUAGAAUUCUUAACUUGAGGUCCAAUGCAUUUUCUGGAGGGCUUCCCUCUAAGCUUUCAAAUUUAAAUCCACUGCAAGUCUUGGUCCUUGCUGAAAACAAUUUUACUGGCAGCAUUCCAUCUAGUUUUGGUAACUUUAAAGCCAUGGCUCAACAGCAAAAAGUAAACCAGUAUCUAUUGUAUGGGACAUACAGAAGUCGAUACUAUGAGGAGAGCUUGCUUGUGAAUAUGAAAGGCCAAUCUCUAAAAUAUACCAAGACUCUUUCCCUGGUUACUAGCAUGGAUCUUUCGGGCAACAGUUUAUAUGGUACAAUUCCUGGGGAGAUAACGAAUUUGUUUGGCUUGAUAGUCCUGAAUUUGUCAAGAAACUACAUGACUGGCCAAAUUCCAGAAGGCAUUUCGAAGUUACGUGAGUUGUUAUCUUUUGAUCUUUCAAAUAAUAUGCUCUCAGGUGCUAUUCCUACAAGCAUGUCUUCAUUAACAUUUUUGGCUUCUCUAAAUCUGUCAAAUAAUAACUUCUCGGGUGAAAUCCCUACUGGGGGACAAUGGGAUACUCUCCCUGAGUCAUCUUUUGCUGGAAAUCCAGGUCUCUGUGGAGCUCCACUCCUUGUAAAAUGCCAAGAUGCGAAUUCAGACAAAGGAGGCCCAGUUGAAGAUGAAGAAAAUGGCAAUGGUUUCAUUGAUGGGUGGUUUUAUUUGAGCAUGGGACUGGGAUUUGCAGUGGGUAUUUUAGUUCCUUUUCUUAUUUUUGCUAUAAAGAAACCUUGGGGUGAUGUCUACUUCCUUUUUGUAGACAAAAUUGUCGAUAGAUCAUUGUGGGUGAAAAGAAAGAGUAGACAUUGAGGACAAUCAAUGUUGUUUCUUUUUCAUCAUAUUGUGUACAAUGUUUACCACCCGGAGCCGAAGUGAA